GCAGCCCCCUCCUUCUAGCUUCCUCUCUCACACCCACCCACAUAGCCUUCUCUGUUCGCGGUGGGAGAGCCAUUCUCAGGCGCCAGCGGGCAGCAGUGGCUUGUCAGCCAGCAGAGCCAGCAGAAGCCAAGCUGCAGGACUGGGCUGCGCAGGAGCUCUGCAGCCAACAGCUCCAAGCUGGGGGAGCGUUCUCACGUUUCUUUAAUACUUCUUUUUCUUAUUAAACGCCUCUCUCCUUGGCCGCCACAACUUCGCCGAGCAGAGAGCGAUUUGAGAAACUGACACAGAGGUUUCGUUUAUGGCCCUUGAAGAAGUUCUGAGUAAGUCUGCAUUCAACGGCAUCCACGAGGACAGGGCUAGCCUGGCUUCUGGCGGUGCUUCAGACUGGCAGAGCUCUCUGGCAGCUAAGCCGAAGCUGCAGGAGGAGGUGCUAUGGAAGUGAUGACACUGUCCAAGUCCUGGACCAAGGUAGCAUCGCUGGGUAAGCAGGUCUGAUUGCCCCUGUGGCUCAGAGGUCCUAAGUUGUAGCCACCAUGAUGGAUGAUGACACUGAGUUGAGGACUGAUGGAAACUCCCUCUUAAAGGCUGUAUGGUUAGGCAGGCUCCGGCUGACCAGACUCCUCUUGGAAGGGGGAGCUUAUAUCAAUGAGAGCAAUGACAAAGGUGAAACAGCUCUCAUGGUGGCAUGCAUCACCAAGCACGUGGACCAGCAAAGCAUUAGCAAGUCUAAGAUGGUGAAGUAUCUGUUGGACAAUAGGGCAGACCCCAACAUCCAGGAUAAGUCUGGCAAGACAGCGCUCAUCCACGCUUGCAUCAGAAGAGCUGGGGGAGAAGUGGUGUCCUUACUGCUGGAGAAUGGAGCAGACCCCAGUCUUGAGGAUCGCACUGGGGCCUCAGCCCUGGUUUAUGCAAUAAAUGCGGAUGACAAGGAUGCACUGAAGCAUCUCCUUGAUGCCUGCAAAGCAAAAGGUAAGGAAGUGAUUAUUAUAACAACAGACAAAUCAUCUUCAGGCACAAAAACCACCAAGCAGUAUCUCAAUGUCCCUCCAUCACCCAAAGUGGAAGAUAGACAGUCACCACCACUGUGUGCAUCUCCUUCUGACAUUGAACUGAAGGCUCCUGGUCUGGGUUCUUCACCCAGUGAGAAGGAUGAUGAUUUCUUCAUCCUCCAAACGGGACACCAAAAUGGCUGUAGUAGUUCUAAGAUCUUGAAUGAGCCUGGAUCACCCACCAGGAAAGUGCCUAGCCUUAAAAGGGCUCGUUUGCCCCAACUGAAGAGGCUCCAGUCUGAACCCUGGGGCUUGAUUGCUCCCUCUGUGCUGGCAGCCUCCACACGUCAGGAUGAAACUCAUGGCACAAGCACAGACAAUGAGGUCAUCAGGAGCAUCAGUGACAUGUCCUUCCCUAGAAGGGGUUCCCUCUCCAGAACCAACAGCAUUGACAGUAAAGACUCCACUCUUUUCCCCACAGUCCAGGAACAAGUUCUGAAGAUUCCAGCUUCAGCACCAGCAACCUGGAAAGCAUCUUAUGAGAAAGCCCAGGCUCCCCACCCACGCCUGGCCAGGAGAGGAACACUUCCUGUUGACCAAGAGAAGGGUGGGAUGUGUCCACCAGGACCAUCGUCUCUGAAAGAUUCAGCAUCUCUCAAGCUGUUGGAAAAUGACCUCUAUGACUUAGACGUACAGCCCGGGCCUGACCCACCCAACACCAUGUCCCUUGAGUCAGGCAAAGGACAUUUGGACAGAAAGAAGCUCAACAGCUCCCACUUGUCCCUUUUCCAUGGCUCUCGAGAGUGCCUGGACGCUGUACCCAGCACAUCUCCCAGCUCAGUGCGCCGCAGGCCCCCUCAUCUUCUAGAAAGAAGAGGUUCAGGAACUCUCUUACUAGACCGUAUUGCUCACACAAGGCCUGGCUUUCUUCCCCCUUUAAAUGUGAAUUCAAACCCACCUAUCCCAGAUAUCAGGGCCAGUAGCAAACCACCUUCCCCACUUGCUGGUGGCUUAAAAUCUAUGAUUCCCGUUGCUCCAAAUUCACCAAAGAGAGUUGACUUGAGAAGUAAAAAGAAACUCCUUCGAAGGCAUUCUAUGCAGAUUGAACAGAUGAAGCAGCUAUCUGACUUUGAAGAAAUCAUGACUUAGAACCCCCUAGAAACAGUUUCCCUACCCCUAAAUCUAUAAAAUAAGGAAGAAACCAAACCUAGAACAACACAGCCACACAGUCCCUCUUCCUUUCCAUCAUGGUGUGUGGCAACUUCAGAAAGUUUGGUGACAGGUGCCGCUUCACUUCUGAGACAAACCCAAGGGUUCUUUCAGAGUGCCACUUCUGAGAUGACCCCUGGGUGCUGCUUUCUGCUGUUGUUACCAUUUCACACACCAAAAAGAGCUCAGGACAAUUGGGUUGUGGAGAUGAAGGUACAGGAAGAAAAAAGUAAUUCUCCAAAGGAAACACACCUUUAGGGUUGGAAGAUAGCCACACAAAUGUAAUGGCUGGUAUUUUCUGCCAGAAGAGCACAGACCAUGAGUUUAAAAUAUGAGGGUGUAUUCUGGACAUGUCAUUAGUAGUCUAUAAAGUGCCUAAAAAGAAAACAAAGCUUUCAUGUUUUUCUAGGAUGUGGAAAAGCUAAAAAAAAAUCCCCUAACUACUGUAUCUGAAUAUCUGAGUUCUACAUAGCAAAGGAGAAGCAGAGUGUUCCCUCAUGGAAGAGGUUUUUGACAUGUGGGUCUCACCUCUUGUUGUGCUUGAGCAUUGUUGAAAAUGGUAGGGGCCAUUCAGAUGGCAUACUAAUGUAUUUUGCUCACAUACUAAUGUGGAUUGUAUAAAUCCCCAAAUAUCACAACUCUGAUGUGUUGCUGGUAAUUCAUAGAUGAGCUUUCCUCCAGAAAUGAAACCAGAGACAAUACACAGGAUCCAUGUUUAAACACUAUGGAACAUCCCCUUUAAAAAAAAAAA